AUGAGUAAAGAAGAAAUUUCCAAAAAAAUUGCGAGAUAUGAAAGUUUUUUACAUGAUAAAUUGGAAGUAGACUUAAAAAAAACGUGGGACCUUCGUGAGAAACUUUAUGAAGAAAUAUCCGAUUUUAUCAAGUUGAAAAAUCACAUUGAAUUAAUAAAAUCGAACGAGUUAAAAGAAUUAAAAACCAUGGUGGACAUAGGAUCAAAUUUUUAUGUACAAGCAAAAGUGCCUGAUACUACUUACAUUUACGUAAAUGUUGGGUUUGAGUUCCAUGUGCAAUUAACAUUAGAUGAGGCGAUUGCAUUUAUUGAAAAAAAGGAAAUCGCAUUACAUAAAAAAUCCGAUAAAUAUACUCAAGAUAUUGCAAAAAUUAGCGCUCAUAUUAAAUUGGUGUAUGGGGCUUUGACCGACAUUUUGAAUUUACAAAAAGGCGAGGAAGUGGAAUUGCGGGAUGAUUUGUUUUUGUAA